AUGAACAACUUUGUUUACGUUAACAAGUGUCAAACGAUCUAAACUAUGGCCAGAACAUUAAAUCUUUAUCGACCAAAUGCGAACAUUAUAUAUGAAUCGACUUAUUUAUAUGAAUGGACUGUAAGAUGAAACAUAUUAUCACAGUGCUAUUGAUUAUAGUUUUAAAUAUUUACCAAGAUUCUAAAACUUUCUGAAGUUUAUCGUGAAAUAAUUUGUCGUGAAAACAGCAACGUGGUGUCUGUCGAUGGAUGAUCAAUAACGUUACCAGUGAAUCUUUUAUCGUUUACAGCCUCUUUUCUACCUGAGAUCAUUUUCUGCAGCAUCCUCUAUUGGAGAGAUUAAUCCCUGUUGGGAAUAGUUUAUUAUUUAAGCUCUUUAUGUUGUAGUUGUUUCUGCAGACGAAUACAGUACUGACAAAAAGUUUUGUAAAGUGACUUAAGGAUAGAGGAAAUAGAUACACUAUUGUAUUGUUCAUACAGAUUGAAUACUGAUAACAAUACCAUGCAUUAGACAGUAGGCAGCAGUAUCAACAAUACCAUGCAUUAGACAGUAGGCAGCAGUAUCUUGACUUGAUUAGUGACUCAGAAAAUUAUUCAGGAUAUUGACUAUUAUCCCAGGAAUAGUGUAAUGGGAAACAAAUAAUGAUAAAUACAAAACAUCAAGUUAAUUUAAUGUUUACAUGGAAAUGUCUAUUGUUUGUAAAAUAUAUUCACUUAUGAAUAGAACAUUCAGAAUUUUUAUGGGUGUUAAUAGAGUUUUCUGAUGGAUAAUUUUGGAGAGAACACUUUCUCUGAUUCGGAACCACUUAUGGAUGAGCGGUCAGGAAUAAGAAACACCACCCAGCAGUUUUUGCGGUCUUUUUCUAUCCUCAGUGAUGACUCUGACUUUGAUGAGCUGGACGACAUUGACACGCCAGAUUUCGUGGAUGGAAGUGGUGAUGUUGAGCCAACAGUUCAACACACAUCUACCGCAGGGGUCCGGGUGGAAUUUGGGAAGGGGGAUCAACAAGAAGGAAAACUUAUUCCAUUUAGUAGCAUCCAUCGGCCAGCGAAGGGUUUCCAGAAUGUGAGGCCGGAUUGUUGGAUGAAGGAGCCAAUACAUGUGCGCAUCCCGAAGUUUGAGCGGGAAGACCAUCCCCACAUGACCAGAAAGGCUUUCAAUCCCAAUCUGUACACUAUCGAGGUUCGUCAUGGCGAUUACGUGUGGACAUUCAAGAGGCGUUACAAGCAUUUCGACAGCCUGCAUAAGUCCCUGCGUUUGUUCCGCGCUCGCUGCAGUCUUCCGGUACCAACAAAACAGCAUCGGGAACAGAGGCAGAGUUUUCGCGAAGAACGCAAGGAAAGGAAAAUCAAGAAGAAGCAAAAAAAGGUUGUGGUUGGCCGCUUCCCCAAGAAGCCAGAGAUCAUGGUUCGUGAAGAACAGCUGGAAAAGAGACGAAGGCACCUGGAGGCGUAUCUACAGAGUGUGGUCGAGUCCAAGUGGUACAGGAACCAUACUGAAGUGCUGAAGUUUCUGGAAGUGAGUGAGCUGUCGUUUGUGAACCGUCUGGGGCAGAAGUGGAAGGAGGCAGACAUCAACAAGUGCUCUGGUGGACGGCGCAUCUCCAUUGGCUGCUGUGGAUGCCUUAAGAAGUACCAUGUGGCUGGACGAUGGAGCAAGAGAUGGCUUGUCCUGAAGGACACAUUUAUUGCAUACAUUCGCCCACGGGACGGGUGUGUCUGUGAUGUCAUGCUGAUGGACUCCGGCUUCAAGGUGCAUUCUGGGAUGGGGGCCACAGGGGCACCGCAUGGUCUUCUUGUACAGAACAUGUCCAGGCAUCUGCUUGCAAAGUCCUGGACAAGUCGGAAGGCUGAUGAGUGGGAAGAGAGUAUCAAGAAUGCGGCGGACACAACGGGGCAGGAGUUUAUACAGAACGACAUUCGAUAUGGCUCAUACGCUCCAGUGAGGGAAAACUCCUAUGCUAGAUGGUUUGUGGAUGGGGCCUCAUACUUUGAAGCUGUAGCAGAGGCUUUGGAGAAGGCUAAGGAAGAAAUCUUCAUCACAGAUUGGUGGUUGAGUCCAGAGAUUUACCUGAAGCGGUUUGUUACUGAUAGGGAGAAGUGGCGUCUGGAUGAGGUCCUCGCCAGGAGAGCGAAAGACGGUGUGAAGGUGUUUGUGAUUCUAUACAAGGAGAUGGAGACUGCCCUCACCAUUAACAGUCACUACAGCAAACAUGCGCUCAUGAACAGACACCCAAACAUCAAGGUGAUUCGGCACCCAGACCAUGUAGCAACAAGCAAUCGUGUGUUACUGUGGGCUCACCAUGAGAAGGUGGUCGUUAUUGACCAGAAAACCGCCUUCCUUGGAGGAUUUGACCUGUGCUACGGUCGCUGGGAUGAUGACCAACACAGGAUGACAGAUCUUGGGUCUGUUAGCUUUACUCCAUUGUCAAAACCAACCCCAGCAGAUAUUGGAUUUCCACAGAAUGGAUCUGCCCCCAGACACAGGACGAUCAGGCAUCUCCCCCGCCAACCAUCCACUAUAGCCGAGUCUCCAGAAUCAAACAUGGCCGACAGUGGUAUAUAUGAUGAAGCAGGGAACCAGAUUAAGGAAAGUAUUGGUGAUAGUUUCCAGUCAAAUAACAAUUCCCAAGAGGAAAAAGCUGUUGGAAAUACAAAGAGAUUAAGUAAUGGUCAAGCAGGAAAGUGUGCAAGUGCAGAAGAUUUAAGUGUGACAAAAAAUGUUCCAUAUUCUAGCAAUCGUUACUCUUCUUGCUCUGAACGGGAGUACGGCUCUGCUGAUGUGUUGACAGAUAAUGACAGUCUGGAGACUGUGGACAAGAUUGGGUAUCACAACAUUGUGGCUGAGGUCACUGUGCACAGUCAUGGGGCUCAGGAUACAGGAGAGGUAGCCGACCAUAGUCAUGUUGAUCAGGACAUAAGAGAGGGAGCCGGCCACAGUCAAGACACAGGGAAUACACCUCACUCACCAGUGUGUAAUGUGAUUAAUUCGGAUGGUGAUGAUGAAAUAUCUGAUAACAAUAGUCUUCCAUUUAUAGAUGAUGGUGCUGUCAAUGUAGAACGUGGUGUGAUAAAGCUUGAAAAAGAACACAGUGAUGAUAGGAAGUCAGUUGAUGUAGAUGAAAUACAGAUCAGUGAAGAUAUGCCUGAUAGCUUCAGGGAACAUUCUACUGACUUGGAGAAGAUUGAAGAACAAAUCAUUUCUUGUGAUAAUGUAAAUAAUGAUAAAAUCUCAAGUGAUACAAAUGGUAUUCAAAAGAGGAAAGCAGAAGUCUGUAACCAGGAAGAAGUAAAAGCUGUUCAUGUUGAUGAAGUCAGUGCUGAAAUGCCAUCAGAUCUUCAAGCCUCUUUUACCGAUCAGAAUAAGAACCAGACGAAGGCUUCGGUUCGCUUCCGUGAAGGCGGUACAGGGGAGAUAGAGGAGGAGCAUAUAGCUCCUGUCACGGCUGGGAAACUUCAUGCAACCCCCAGUAGAAAGGAUGCUGCCUCCCGCAGGGAAACCUGGGCCUCCCGGAAACUCAGAAAAACAUUUAAAUUGAAGGAUAAGAAUGAGGAUGAGGACCAGCCUGAUGGGAAAGACAAGAGUGAGAAGUCUGACUCAGAUGAUGAGAGUUCAGGACACAAGUUCCGUAACAAGUGGCGUAUGGUUCUCAACAUCAAGAAGCUGGAGCACGGAGGCAAGCGCCCGGAGGACGAGGAGUCCAUCCCGCCUGGUGUACAGUCCCCACAUCAGUCUCUGUCAGCCAGGAUUGUGAGCAAAAUACCAUUUCGUGCAUCAAGGCAGGACAGUGAUGAUGACUUCCAGCAUUUCCUGUAUCCAUGGAAACGACUGUUUCGCCGUGAUGAUUCAGCAGUGAUGGUUAAGUCAGUGAUGAAAACCUCAGUGGCUGAUGACUACGAGGGCCUUGAAGGCUCGUCAAAGUUGUGGAUUGGGAAAGACUACAUAAACUUCAUCCACAAAGAUCCUGUUGAUGUCCAUAAUCCUUUUGAAGAUUUCAUUGAGCGUGACAAGACGCCUCGCAUGCCAUGGCACGAUGUUGGGGGCGUGGUGUACGGCAAGGCUGCCCGAGAUGUUGCGAGACAUUUUAUCCUCCGUUGGAACUUCUGCAAGACUGAGAAGUUCAAGUCGAAUAAAGAGUUCCCAAUCUUGAUGCCCAAGACAUAUGCCAAGUGUGAGGUGUCCCCGGCCAUCAAGGAUAUCACCUACAGCUGUACCACCCAAAUUCUUCGUAGCGUUUGUGGCUGGUCGGCGGGCAUUAACCGAACUGAGCAGUCCAUACACCAAGCAUACCUGGACUGCAUCAAGCGGGCAAAACACUACAUUUACAUCGAGAACCAGUUUUUUAUCAGCCAGAUAGGGGACCACUCGAUGGUCCGGAACGAGAUCAGUGAGGCACUCCUAGAAAGAAUAGUUCGCGCCCACAAGCUGCAGGAGAUGUUCCGUGUGUAUGUGGUGCUCCCUCUGCUGCCGGCGUUCGAGGGUGAGAUCGGAGCAACGGGUGGCUACUCUAUCCAGGCUGUCCUACACUGGAACUACAUGUCAAUCUCCAAGGGUGAUAACUCACUCUGGCAGCAGCUCGCAAAACGAGUUGAUGAUCCCAAAAAGUACAUUCUCUUUUGUGGUCUACGAAGUCAUGAUGAGCUUAAAGGCAAAUUGGUUACAGAGCUGGUAUAUGUGCAUAGUAAAUUGAUGAUCGUGGACGACGACACCGUCAUCAUCGGAUCGGCCAACAUUAAUGACCGCAGCAUGAUUGGGUCACGUGACAGUGAGAUCGCUGUCGUGGUGGAAGACACGGACAAAUUUCCUGUCAAAUUGAAUGGCAAGGACCACAUGGCAGGAAAGUUUGCCACAUCACUACGGAGGACGCUCUUCCGCGAGCAUCUGGGGAUCAAGGAGGAUGACUUUCAUAUAGAUCUCAGCGACCCUGUAUGUGAUAAGUUUUACAAGAACGUCUGGUUGACCCAGGCCUCUAUCAACACAACCAUUUACCACAAGGUGUUCAAGUGUAUCCCGGACGACCGGAUCAAGUCUUUCAGUCAGAUUAAAGAAAUGGCAGCAACCCCGUCCCUCGCAGAGACCGACAAGGAGGCUGCCCGGCAGGAGCUAAAGAAGGUGAAAGGUCGUAUUGUGUUCUUGCCCCUGUACUUCCUGGAGAAUGAGGUAUCCUUAAUGGCCAGCGGGGCACAGCGAGAGGCAGUUAUGCCUACCAAACUGUGGACAUAGACGCAUGAAGGAGGCCAUCAUGCCAGUUACAUUUUGGGAGACUGUCAUGUCCACCAAACUGUGGUCAUAGUAAAAUAGAGGAGGCCAUCAUGCUAGUUACAUUGGGGAGGCUGUCAUGCCCACCAAACUGUGGACAUCUUUAUACCCAUGAACCUGAGCAUGUCCAACCAGCUGUGGAUAUAGUCAUGUAAGCAUAGCCAAACUGAGGAUGUCAAUUGUUCUGAUAUCCGUGUCGUAGAGAGAGGCCUGUUUAUUUUGUCAAACACUAUUAUUUUACAUAGAGGGAUUUAACUCCAUGUACAGGUCAAAGUUGUGGACAGACCAAGCUCUGAGUCUGGGAGUGCAUCCUUCAUAUUCCACAGAGAUGGUCAGUCCAUCAGUAGUCACAAACACAUUCUGGUUCCACUCUUCAGCUCAAUACCCAGAGGGCACAAAGGGACCAGGGAACCGACUUGACAAUGGAAGUAGUUCUGGGCUGCAAACCACUGUGUUCUUUAGUGUGUGUGUGUAAUUAUCACUUGUAAAGUGUCUCUUUAUAAUAUGUGCUUUAUUUAAGUUAAAAGAUAAAGGUAGUUGUAGUCGGGCUAUUUCGCUUUCAGCCUGAUCUUUAUUACCAUUUCUGAAUGUUUUUGAUGGAGUGCUCACUGUUUAAUCUCAACUAUUCCAAAAUACAUCAAGAAGAUGUUCAUUACUAUUUGCUCAAUAUCUGUACCUGCUUCUAUAGUACUGGAAGCAGAGUCAAAUACAUUAGUAUUAUAUGUAUUCUUCUGUAUUUCACAAGAUAGUGAUACUACACAUAUUACUGUGAAAAUCAUUUAUCAGUUUCUAAGGUGAUUUUAGUGUACUAAUGUGCAUGUGAUUCCAAUUGAAUGAUGUAUAUUUGAUAAGUUGUUGAUGCUUGAACAAUGGUGAAAUACAACAACUAUAAAGUAUCAAUAUUAAAUAUUAGACAUGAAUAUAACAUGUUAUAAUGACCUGUUUCCAAGUUUUUCAUCAAGUAUUUUAUUACUUGGCAUUUUUUUCUUUGAGUGAGAAAAUUGAUCAUCAUAAUCUCUUAGAUAAAAUUGUCACAAUGUUAUUAGAAUUGUCUGUUUAAGUGUAGAUUAUAACUAGGAAGUUGUCAAUUUUCAAAAAAAGAAAGGGUAAAGUUCUGUGUGUAAUACAAGUAGAUAAACUGUUAUACGUUAGUAAUGAAACUCAAUUACAAGUGCCAAAUUACUGACUGUCCUGUAUUCCAGUAUGUGUAUGCGUUCAGAAUGUCUGUGUAUAGAGUUUCUCUAUUUGUUAAUUGUUGUGGAAACAAUCUUAUUUUUAUAUACAUAUUUUUACAAUUACAUGUAAAUGAAAACAUUCCUUAAGAAAUCAUAUCUGUCUGUGGUUCCUCAUGUCACCUAAAUUCCUAUGAUUACUGCUCCAAUGUAAUGUUGGUUUUGUUUAAUCCUUUCCUACGACUUUAUGUUUCAUCAUGAUAGUGGACAAUGUUAAUAUUUGUUUUCAAAUGUUGAUUGUAUCAUAGUCCAUGCAUAAUAUUGUAGUUCAUAUUUAUCAACCAUUAACAUUACCAGAAUCAUUUUUUUCAUUUUAUUUUAUUGUUUAAAAGCUCUGCUACAGUUUAUGUGUUAGUGGCAUACUGAUAGACUCUGCAUGUAUGUUUCAGUGGCAUACUGAUAGACUCUAUGUUUCAGUGGCAUACUGAUAGACUCUAUGUUUCAGUGGCAUACUGAUAGACUCUAUGCUUAAGUGGCAUACUGAUAGACUCUAUGUUUCAGUGGCAUACUGAUAGACUCUAUGUUUAAGUGGCAUACUGAUAGACUCUAUGUUUAAGUGGCAUACUGAUAGACUCUAUGUUUCAGUGGCAUACUGAUAGACUCUAUGUUUCAGUGGCAUACUGAUAGACUCUAUGUUUCAGUGGCAUACUGAUAGACUUUAAUCAAGCGAUGUUUCAGUGGCAUACUGAUAGACUCUAUGUUUCAGUGGCAUACUGAUAGACUCUAUGCUUAAGUGGCAUACUGAUAGACUCUAUGCUUAAGUGGCAUACUGAUAGACUCUAUGUUUAAGUGGCAUACUGAUAGACUCUAUGUUUAAGUGGCAUACUGAUAGACUCUAUGUUUAAGUGGCAUACUGAUAGACUCUAUGUUUAAGUGGCAUACUGAUAGACUCUAUGUUUAAGUGGCAUACUGAUAGACUCUAUGUUUCAGUGGCAUACUGAUAGACUCUAUGUUUCAGUGGCAUACUGAUAGACUCUAUGUUUAAAUGGCAUACUGAUAGACUCUAUGUUUCAGUGGCAUACUGAUAGACUCUAUGUUUCAGUGGCAUACUGAUAGACUCUAUGUUUAAGUGGCAUACUGAUAGACUCUAUGUUUCAGUGGCAUACUGAUAGACUCUAUGUUUCAGUGGCAUACUGAUAGACUCUAUGUUUAAAUGGCAUACUGAUAGACUCUUAUGUUUAAAUGACAUUCUGAUAGACUCAGUGUUUCAGUGGCAUACUAAUAGACUCUUUGUUUAAGUGAUAAUCUGAUAGACUCUUUGUUUCAGUGGCAUAUGAUUGAUUCCAGAUAUGUUUGACAAGCUACAAAUACUUAAAGGAUAGUUUUAUUUGGUUCUGGUACCAUUUACUUAAAUAUUUGUAUGUUAAGUUUAUGAUGGAUUGAAAUAUGAUAUGUAAAUGAUACUGUUAUAGUUAUUGAUUCAAAUGUUUUAUGCUUUAUUUAUGAUACCACUUGCUCAUAUUCUCCACAUAUCUUUCACACAGUGAAUGUUCAUAGUUAUUUUUGUAAAUAAAUUGUACAUGUUCAUAGAUUAUUUUGAAAUAUUUUGUUAGUGUUUCAAUGUACAUGUUAUAUUCCUUGACCAAUCACCUGUGUAAAUGUAUGUAUCUGGUCACUGUGAUGGUUCAGCCAGUCGUCUUCUUAUGUGUCAGUCAUAAGUGCAGUGGUAGUUUUAAAAAAAGUUUAAGAAUAAAAUCGCAACUAAAUUUCUUGAUGAAAUAGCCAACAAAUGUACAUUAUUUAUUUAUUAGUCACAUGCAGCUCUUCUGUUUCAGCUGAAAAAUGUUGAGUUGUUGUAAAGCCUUGGUGUUGUGGAUUCCUUGCCAGGCCUAACUAUGCAUAUGUGUAGAGCAGGUCCUAUCACUUUUGCUAAAAUACUUAUUAAGUUAUGUCCCCUGAUGAACUAAGAAAACUGGACGAGCAUUAACACGGGCUAACCAGUGCUCAUAUGUAUUACCGUCUCACUGUCAGGGACAGAUGGGUGCUGCCAGGGAGAGCAUUUACACCCGGGGCUACUGUUAUAAUUGUUGAUGAAUUACUUAAAUUAUGCAUAUACUUAUUAUUUACAAUUACACAUUUACUGUUAUUGGAUUUAACCAAUAUGUAUUAUAAAAUCAUAUGACAUUCUACGUUAUUUUAUUAAAAUAAACUAUUCCAGAAUGAG